AUGAGGACGAAAGCGCUCAUGAAUAUAGAGGAAGACUCGGAGGUUGGAUCAAUGGAUUUACUGGCAGAAGCCGCAGGACACACUGCCUUCCCGCACCGCUAUGCUCAGAUGCUCGACUGCUAUCUCCAUGGCAUGCCGAUCUGCCAGUGUCCGACGGAAUGUGAUGGAUGUCAGCGCGAGCUCGAUCCCUCCGUUGCUGCACAUCAUCUCCAGACCUGCAAACGCCGAUCCUCCAAGCUUCCCACGGCGCAUGACAACCUUACUCGUACGAUUCGGUCGAUGCUGAACGAAGCUGGUCUUCAGAGCGUCAUCGAUACAGUGGGGGAUCCUCGUUCUCGACGGCAGGUACCCUCCCAUCCUCAUGGCCGCAAGAUGAAGGGCGAUAUCCACAUCCCUGGAAUCCGCGAUCGAGGGUCCGAGCAGUACGAGGGCUUGAUGGCGGACGUGACGUUGGUCCACCCUUACAUUGGUAGUUCUGCCGACCUGACCAAGUGGGGGGAGGUCAACCUCGACGCCCUCCAUGUUGCAGCGUCUGAGAAGAUUCGCAAACAUCGCGCUGCAUAUGCUAUGACUACUCCUCCUCGAGCGUUCAUCCCUCUUGCCAUCUCGACGGACGGUACCCUGCAUCCUGACACCCUCCGCUUCAUCUGGUAUCUCGCGGACAUCAUUGCUCAGCGCUCGAUGCCUCUUGAGGAUGCGGCGUUUGGUCGGCACUUCGUGCCUGAUGACGGCCCUGCUGCUGAGGUCUUGGCUCGCAAACGCGCCGCCACCUAUCAGCGCCUCACUAUGCAGCUGACGCUGGAAGCGCUCUUGUCUGAAGGUAAAAAGUGCCUCAAGCAGAAGAAAGCAGCACUUUUUACCUUCUGCGCGAGGGAGUCAUGCGCCGCGAUCCAGACAGGAGCGCCUCCAGCGUCAGCUGCAUGGUGA